AUGUUGUCAAGAAAGAAAACAGCCAAAUCUGUAUGUGCAUACCAGAAUAAUGCUAUUAAAAAAGACCCAACUGGAGGACACACAACAAUCAAGGCGCUUCUUUAUGAAGAGAUUAAGAAAAUACCAGAAUGUGAGAGCGAAGAAAAAAGUGCAAGGAAAACUAUUAAAGAGUACCUUUAUCAAUAUAUUCUAGAGAGAGACAUUGAUGACUCAGAUUUAGAAGAUACAACAAAUACAGCAGGAAUGACGAUUGAAGAGCAAGAUGAAGAACUUGAAAAUUAUGUAAAGAAGGUUCCAUUAUCUUUUACAUUUCCAGGAAUGGUUGACGGAAAAGCAUAUAUUAUCGUCACAGUAAAUCUGUCGAGAAGAACAAUGGUUCAUAACUUGCCAGCUGAGUUUAAGAAUUUUCCAGUGCUGAUUGAUUAUGGAACUAUGAGAGCAUCAACAGCUAGUGAUGAAUAUCACAAAUAUCAAAAUCUCAAGCCAGGGAUUAGUGCUCUAGGAGACUCUGGUGCUCUAGUCUUCGAUCAAGAUAGUCUCCUUUAA